AUGGAACAAUCAGGGAAUGAAGGAGCUCCAUCGAGUGAUCGCCAAUAUGAGAACAGCCCAAACCAUGUAGCAUUGAAUGGAGUUGCAGACGCUCAGAACAGUAUUAUUUCGGCGUUACCCCCACCAAUGCCCUCGCGGAAGCUAGGAGAACAACCUCCAGUUGUCAACAAUGUGGAAUUGGUCAUCACCAAGGCCAAGAAGGCUGCAACCUAUCUCUACACCCUCCUCCACGCAAAGAAUUGCCGACUCUCUGCAGAUAGGUGUUUACAUCCUGGUUGUGCCGAGGCUAAGCUCAUGUACCUCCACUUGAAGACUUGUGGUGCUGAAGGUAUUUCGUGUUGUUCAACGGAGUACAAAGGGUGUGUAGAUGCGAGGAAACUACUGCUGCACUACCGCCGAUGCAGGGAUAUCAGAUCUCGAAAGGCUUCUGGUCAAGGGAGCUCGGAACCUCAUUUCUGCCUUGUUUGCUCCCUGGUAGCAAGAAAUGCUAAGUCCAAGGGUCGAUCUCUCAGUCCUAACUCGACCAACGCCCCUAAGCAACCUCGGAAGCAGUUGAUGCCAUCAGCUGGCGUCCGAUGCACUCCUGUGAGCCAACCUCAAAAGCAACAACUGUACAAGCAAGAACUUCGAGUUCGUCCUAGGUCAUUCAGUUUCUCUGACAUUGGACGAAGCUCUAUCAAGCCGACAGUUCCAAGAGAACUAGUCAAAACCAUGCCUCCACCACCGCCUCGAUUCUCAGUUCCGAGUCUACCAGGAAGAGCUUCAAAUGCUGUUCCUGGAGGUUUUCAGAAGACCAUGUCCUCUGCUCUUGCAGUCACCCGGUCACCCGAACACAGGGACCAACUGUCAAACAACGCAAGACCCCGAGCAGAAAGUCUUGAUCUACGAAGAGCCCGGUUUCUGGAACCUCCUGCGUCAAACGAGGAGCCCCUCAACCAUCAGCCGACUGUUGGAAAGGUUAGGUUCCACGUGCGGAGAAGAAGCGCCUCCUUCGAUGCUCUAUCAUCAUCUGUCAAAGCUAAUGAAUUCCCGACGAUUGAAGAAGAACCAGUAGGAGAAGAUCUGCAAGAAAUGCUCGAAGGUGAUAGAUAA